AUGCAUUCCGGUUCCGUGCCUGAUACCGUGCAGGUUGCUGUCCGCAUUAGGCCUUUAUCAUCGCUGGAACUAGCCAGUGGUCAUCAUAACGUGAUCGUACAGCCGAAUCCCGCAGAACCACGGCUAGUUGCACGAGGCGCCGAAGAGUUCACGUUUACCGAUGUUUUUGGUCCGACAGUGACGCAGGCAGAAGUGUACGAUCGAUCGGUACGUGGGAUCGUUCUUAAACUGCUCCAAGGCUUUAACGUAUCCAUACUGGCGUACGGGCAGACGGGAUCGGGAAAAACGUACACCAUCGGAACAUCGUUCGAUGGACGGAUUACUAACCACAGCGGAAUAUUGCCCCGUGCCCUACUGGAUAUCUUCGAUGCGGUUAAUGUUUCUCAGGAUGGGGAUAGUUGCAGCGGGAGUUACCGCGUGUUCUGUUCCUUUAUGGAGUUAUAUCAAGAGCACGUGUAUGAUCUGCUUUCCCACCGGAAUCGAUACGAGCGACUGUUGGGCAUUAGGGAAGAUGCUGAAGGUAUCAUCGUGCCAGGACUGACGGAACUAGCCGUCUCGAGUGCAGAGGAAACCUUUGGUUGGUUAAUGCAUGGAGCGAGCAGUCGUGCUACGGCCCCUACCCGUAUGAACAAGGAAUCGAACCGAAGUCACACUAUAUUUACGGUCAUUAUCCGUUCACGCCGCAAAGCGAACGCAGCAGCAAACGGUGAGCACGUAAUGAUAUCAAAGCUCCAUUUUGUCGAUCUUGCUGGGUCGGAAAGGGCAAAGAAAUCGCGGGCCAGCGGUGACCGGUUACGGGAAAGCAUUCAAAUCAACAAGGGACUGUUGGCACUCGGGAACGUCAUCUCGGCGCUUGCGUCGUCCAGUGGAACGUCUGCAUCCAAGUCAGCCCGUGCCACGUUCGUAUCGUACCGUGAUUCGAAGCUAACGCGUCUCCUACAGAAUUCGCUCGGUGGAAAUUCGAUAACACUAAUGCUGGCUUGUGUUUCGCCGGCCGAUUACAACAUUGAGGAAACGAUCAGUACUUUACGGUACGCUGACCGAGCGUUAUCGAUUCGCAACAAGCCGGCCAGAACACCUCCCGCAGCGACAAGCCAAUCGAGCAGUGUGGCCGAAGUGGAAAGACUGUCCAAAACGGUCUCAGAGCUUCGCACGGAAAACGAUCAACUAAGGCGACGGAUUGCCGCUGAACUAAAGCCAGCGAUUGAGGCCGGUUUUGCUGGUGGGAAGAAUGGUACCGGACGGCAUCUUGCCACCCAGAACCGGUUACUACACGGUCAGCUACAGUCAUCGAUCGAAGAAUCGACCCGGAACGAGCUUCGUGCAUCGAUUGCCGAGAAUGCGCUCGGCCGGUUGGAACCACUGGUUCUGCACGAAUUGCGCACCGAGUAUGACGAUCUUACUGGCACGACUACGGCUCCAUUGUCUGGGGAUGAGUUGCGAGCCAAGUGUGAAGAAAUACUUCUACGUUAUCGAACCGAGUACGAAGCGCUCAGACAGCGUCCAAAGGCGCAACAUAGAUCCACCCUUGACUAG